AUGUUUUAGAAAAUUAUUUAAGGCUUUUCGAAAUAUUCCCAUCGAUCAACUAUUCCAAGUUUGCUUAAGGAUCCUAGAUAUACAAGACUUGGAAUAUCAAAACCAAAAGGAGAAACUAAAUCCCUUAGAAAACCUUCUAUUCCAGAUGAUAUUCCAAAUGCUCAUCUCUAUUAUGAUCAUACAAAGUAUAUUGAAACAUAAAAAAACAACCCUCCUCAUAAAUUGGUAAUUAUUAAAAUAAUAGUAAGAAAUAUGAAUCUACUGAUUUAAAUUUUCUUUUGAGUAUACUUAAUAAUGAUUCCUUUAUUUAAAAUUAAGAUUUCAAACUUUGGAAAGCAAUAAAAUAAUUAAAUAUACAUCAUCCUAAUGAAGUUAAAAAGAAUUGGGAAUGUUUCGAUAGAGCUUAUAGAGUAAUUUUGGAUAAUGCAAGAUAUUUGGAUAUUUACAAUUUCAGAUCAUUUACUUAAAUUUCUUAACAAUAUUAUCUAGAUGAUGAAAAAGUUUGGAUAACAUUAUAUAGAAAUUCAAUAAAAUUUUUUGUUGGUUGGGAACACUAGCAAACCCCUUUAUUGAGCAAAUCAAUUGAAAAGUAAAUUAUUAAAAAAAAUUAAAUUAGGACACACUAAUAAUCAUUUUUAUUUAGCUUUAAUAUCAUUAUGUAGCAAGUAAGAAAAUUCAAAAUUGAUGUAUCAAACAUCAUAAUUCAUUUAGAUUAUUUGAUGAGAAACCAUUUAAGAUUCUAAAAAAUUGUAUUAAUCAACAUUUCUAAAAUAGCAUAGUGAAGAAAUAUAUAAUAAGGUGGAGAAUGUUGAAGAUAAGAAUUAAUUAGGAAAUUUUAUUGCACAUUUUGCUUUUUGUAUAUAAUAGAGAAAAGAUAUAUUUAAUGAUGUGGACAAAGAAGUUAAAGAGAGAUAAGUUGAAGAAUUCUUGCAUCAAGGUUAAAAACUUUGUUUAGAAUAAUUUGAUAAACUCACAUUAGGAACAAAAAAUAAUCUUAAAAAAUCCAUAAGUUAUGUCAGGUAUUAGUAUAAGCCAUUAUUUGAGAAAUUUAAAUGAGAA